CUCGCGUUAGUACCUUGUGGUUACCAGGGGAACGUGAUCCUGAAAAGUUGAGCUUUUGCUCAGCGAAAUGAGCACCGGAGACAUCGCAGCGUUACUUUCGUAGUGGAUUCACAGGUAAACAGACGUGCGUGACAACACCUCGUCUAUGAAGGAGUUAACGUGGAGUUAUUUCAACGCAUUCGGCAUUACCGUCAAUUCACUUCAAGGUAGUUUUGUCAGCGAAGUCAACAAGUAAAAAUGCCGUCAGCACAAGUUCUCGAGCCGGUUCUUAAAAUGAAGGUGGAUGAGCUCUUUCUCAACUGGUUGAGUGAUCCCGCAACCCAGUCACUACUAAAAGAUUAUCUUGACCUAAUCAAAAGUGGACAAAACAUUGAUUUGAGCGGUGGGGACGCCCUGGACAAAAGGUCAUUUGGCUUCAGUGAGAACAACAAUGUGACAUCCCACAAGAACCUGGCAGAGAAGAAGCCUGCUGCCCUCAGUACUCCCUCCAGCCCCCCAUCUGCCAGUACUCUGCCCUCAGGCAGUAGCAGUAAUACCAGAGUGACGGGACCCAAUGGCAGAGUACUACGGAGGUCUGUCAGCACAAAGAAGGCCCAGGUGAGGACGGAGGAGCCCGUCACCACAGCGCUGAGUGAAAGCAUUCCAAAGUUUUACUUCCCACAGGGCCGGCCCCAAGCCAACCUCAACAUCGACAGCCUCAUUUCCAAAAUUGAGAAAAUAUUUUCCCAAUUCCCAAAUGAAAGGGCCACCAUUGAGGACAUGGGGCAGGUUGCCAAGGCCUGUGAGUGCCCUCUCUAUUGGAAAGUGCCAUUGUUCAACGCGGCUGGAGGCGACAGGACGGGCUUCGUGUCUGUUCACAAGUUUGUGGCUAUGUGGAGAAAAACUCUGCAGACCUGUCACAAUGACGCUUCUAAAUUUGUGCACCUCUUGGCCAAGCCUGGCUGUAAUUACCUGGAACAAGACGACUUUAUUCCAUUCCUGCAGGAUGUGGUGAACUCACACGCAGGCCUGGCCUUUCUAAAGGAAGCACCGGACUUUCACUCGAGAUACAUCACCACGGUGAUUCAGAGGAUAUUUUACAAUGUGAACCGGUCAUGGACUGGAAAAAUAACAUGUCAUGAGCUCAGGAAAAGUAACUUCCUUCAGAAUGUGGCAUUGCUGGAUCAGGAAGAAGAUGUGAAUCAGUUGACCGAGUUCUUCUCCUAUGAACAUUUCUACGUCAUCUACUGCAAGUUCUGGGAGCUGGACACAGACCAUGACCUCUACAUAGACCAGAAAGACCUGGCACGGCACAAUGACCAAGCCAUCUCUCAUAAGAUGAUUGAGAGAAUAUUCUCAGGGACAGUAACAAGGGACAGACGGGUGUACAAGGAGGGCAGGCUAAGUUACGCCGACUUUGUCUGGUUCCUCAUCUCCGAGGAAGACAAGAAGACUGACACCAGUAUAGAGUACUGGUUCCGCUGUAUGGACCUGGAUGGGGACGGGGUGCUCAGCAUGUACGAGCUGGAGUACUUCUACGAGGAGCAGUGUCAGAAGCUGGAGACCAUGGCUAUUGAGCCCCUUCCCUUCGAGGACUGCCUCUGCCAAAUGCUUGACCUUGUCAAGCCUGAGGUCGAAGGUAAGAUCACUCUACGGGACCUCAAGAGGUGCAAGCUGUCCCACAUCUUCUUUGACACUUUCUUCAACAUCGAGAAAUACCUGGACCACGAGCAGAAGGAUCCUUUCUCUGUUAUAAGGGAGGUUGAAACAGACGGCCAGGAAGUUUCAGACUGGGAGAAAUACGCUGCUGAGGAGUACGACAUCCUAGUGGCGGAGGAGGCUGCCAACGAUCAGUGCAAUGACGUGUAUGAGAAUCCUUUGAGCCCUUUAGGGCAGCACAUCUCAGAUGAACUGGGUCUGACAAAGAGACACUUCUUUGAAAUCCCCAGUCCACACUGCAACCUGGACCUGGAUGAAUACGAGUACGAAGAUGACUUUGACUGACCCUCGUUCCUGUAGCGUUUUCUCACGGCCUGCUGAGCACUGUGUGCAUCCAGAAAUGGAUCUGAGGCAGCAGUGUCAGUCAGUCAGAGACAUGCAGGCUCAGGCCUAGUUCCCAUCCUGUGUGCGAGGAUACACUUUAUCAGACAGAGUAAAUACAAAACCACAAGACACAAGUCGAAGCACUGGCGGGGUCAGAUUUGCUGGAAAAAUGGACAUGUUAUCACACAUUUGAGUAAUGGAGAAUGUGAAGUGACCUGAACAGAAGGUAGUUCUUCACUAUACUAUACCAGAUGUUUUAAUAUCCUCAACUUUCAUUUAAAAAAAAAAACACCACAGGUGACUUCAUGAUGUCACAAGAAGCACGUUUUAGCUCCCUCGUCUCAUGUUGUGUUCUGCAUGUAACGCUUUGUUAUAAAUAAUGUUUGGAGCGAGUGUUGUUUUAUCCGAACACCAGUAUUGUAUUAUCAUAUUCACACAAGCUAAAUCACAUUCUUUAAACACUGGAGCUCCCUGAAAUGUUGAACAGAAGCCACGCUGAUUUGAUUCAGGUUUUGAACUAAUUAUCAUCUGAAGUCAUUGGCUAAUUUUACAUUCCAGUGAUCAUAACUGAAUGUUUUCCAUAAGGCUGUAAUUUCAUUAAUGGUCUGUUUGCUGAAAUGAGAAGUUACUGUAAAUGCCAAACAAGCCACCGUUGAGCCUGCUGCACACACACAAGCACGCAGCCACACAGCGAAUAAUGUACAGGUGUGUAUUCAUUAUGACAAGGACUUACUGUAUGUGUGAGACAGGGUUAUAAAUUAUUAGAGAUGAAUUUAUAAAUAACUGUAAAUAUGUAUUUGGUGCUUGCUGUGUUGUAAAUCAUUUGGGCAAGUGUUUUAGACAAAUUCUUUUUUUUUUCUAUGUUAUAAAGUACUUGAUUUGAAAGUACUUUGGCAGAACAAAAGGAACCAAUUUUGAAAUGUUUUUCUUUCCUUUAAAUGAAUAAUAAAUCCUUGGUUAAUGGAAGAGUAAAGAAAACAGACUGCAGUCUAAUUUGA